AUGUCAGUAGAAAUAGGGCUAUUAGUUGAGGCCCUCAACCUCAUUGCCGUAUGGAUCUACACAGUUAUGCUGAUUUGCCCAUACCGAGGUAUCUCUCCACCUGUUGAUGUCUCUAUGCCAAGCUUCUCAAUGCCCAAGCGAUCUGCAGUCGCCUACAUUAAGAACGAGGUGCCCAACUUCAUUCGUCGCUUCCAGGAGAAGUCUGGUCUAGUCGACGAUUCCAGUCUUUGUGAUGCUAAGCGUGCUCGUGCCAAAGAGCCUGAUCAAGAUGACUGUCUUGACCGCGAGGACGAGAUGCCUCAAAUAGUGCUUGAUGCCGGCUCCGGAGUGACCCGAACAGAGGCGGAUGCUCAUGUACGGGCUCGGCACCGUCCUGCUCAUGAAUCUAUAGAUUCUUCUGGUAAUUGCAGGUCAGAAACAGUAAAAACAAGCGGGACAAACCUAAUGGCAUCAGCACCCACUUGCGAUGAGGAGGAGGAAGAGAUCUGUGGUAAAUAA